AUGGAAAGGAGAAGCUUGGCCUCGAUCUUCCUCGCUUUCCUCGUUGUCGCCAGUGAUCACUACGCUGCAGUCUCGGCAUUCCCGGCCCAAGAUCCUUGGAGAAAGAAUGAUCCCUGGAACUGGCACUAUUUCCCCAGGAACACCAAGGUGGUGAGGGUGGCCUACUGGCCGGCAUACUCCGCCGAUCAGUACCCGGCCUCGUCCAUCGACUCCACGCUCUUCACGCACCUCAACUACGCCUUCGCCAAUCUCAACGCCAGCGACAACACCGUCGUCCCCGACGAUGCCGCGCGGAUCGCCGCCUUCUCGCGCACCGUCAAGUCCCGCAACCCGUCGCUCAAGACGCUCCUCUCCAUCGGCGGCGGUGGAGCCGAUCCAAAGCCCUUCUCCGCAAUGGCGUCCAAGGCCUCGUCCCGCACGGCAUUCAUCUGGAGCUCCAUCGCGCUGGCGCGAUCAAACGCCUUCGAUGGGCUGGAUCUCGACUGGGAAUUCCCGCAGAACCAGACCGACAUGGACAACCUGGGCACCCUCUUCGCCGAGUGGAGAUUCGCCGCGGCCGCGGAGGCCGGCCACUCGGGCCGUCCGCGCCUGCUGCUUACCGCCGCGGUAUACUACUCGGGCACCAUCAGGUACGAACUCACACCGCGCGGUACCGCAAGAACGUACCCCACGAAAUCGAUCAACGCCAACCUUGACUGGGUCGGGCUCAUGGCGUUUGACUACCACGGCAGCUGGGAGCCGACUGUGACCGGCGCCCAUACCGCGCUGUACGACCCGAAGAGUGACGUCAACACCGCCGCCGGUGUCGCGCGGUGGAUGGCGGCGGGGCUGAGGCCGGACAAGGGAGUGCUCGGCCUGGCAAUGUAUGGCCACUCGUGGAUUCUCAGUGACCCCAGCGCCAAGGCUGGAAUCGGGGCCCCGGCAAAGAGUCCCGGGCCGGGCGACGCGACGCCAGUGUUUGCCGGCAUCGUGGCGACUGUUAGCGGCGACGACAAGGCGACGGUGGUGUAUGACAAUGUGACCGUCACGGCCUACGCGCAAGUUGGAAGCUUGUGGAUUGGAUUCGACAACGAGGAAUCCAUCCGGAACAAGGUGGGCUUCUUGCGCAGCAAAGGGAUGAGAGGAUACUUCUUCUGGACGGCCAGUUUCGAUAGCGGCAAUGGGACGCUCUCUCGCGCGGGUUUGUCUUUCUCCUUUUGUUUGUUCUUGAUCCUUUGCUCAUCGUUUGCGCUUGUCUUUUACUUUAGCUGCGGCAGCGCUGGGACACUGAGAUCCAAGACGAAAGAGGAGGAAAACGAGAGAGAUUUUGCUCAUGAGCUUGUAGAAAUUACCAUUGAGGAAGAUGAUGGAAUAAAGUAUCUACUGUGA